AUGUCCGACUACUGGUUGAAUUACUUGGAUAAUCCAACCUUGUCUGUGUUACCACAUGAUUUCCUCAAGCCUGCCAACAACCAGGCAGUCGAGGCCAAUUAUGAGUUCACCUUGCCCAACCUUCCCCAGGAUGACUCGUUCAUAUUAGGAUUGUCGACGUUUGCUGCUUUGAUCUACAGAUUGACUGGGGAUGAAGAUAUCGUGAUAGCCACCGACUCGGACUCCUCGGUUGAGUUCAUCACCAGAUUGAACCUCACAGCCACCAUGACCUUUGCCCAAUUGGUGGAGGCUGUCACCAAGGAAUAUAACAACGGUUUGAGCCAAAUUGACUACUCCUCGUUGUCGGAGGUGUCUGAGCGCAUCAAGGACAAGCAGAACUUGCCAGCCGCCCCUGGUCUCUUCAGAUUGUCUUAUCAACAUGCCCACGAAAAGCAGCAGUUGUCCACCACCGUCGAAGGCUCGGUGAGAGACUUGGCCAUUUUCGUCAAGGGAUCCACAGUCACAAUCUACUACAAUGCUUUGCUCUACACCCACGACAGAAUUGUGAUUUUGGCAGAACAGUUCACUAAGUUUUUGACCCAAAACACCCCCACUGACCCCAUCACCUCCAUGAACUUGAUCACCCCUUCACAAGAAAAGCAUUUGCCAGACCCUACCUUGGAUUUGGACUGGUCUGGCUAUAGAGGUGCCAUUCAAGACAUCUUCAUGGAGAACGCCAAGGCACACCCAGAUAGAACAUGUGUGGUGGAAACCAAGUCUUUCAUGGACCCUUCCUCUAAAACUAGAUCGUUCACCUAUCAACAGAUCAACCAGGCAUCCAACAUCGUUGGAAACUACCUUAAGGAAGGCGGUAUAAAAAAAGGUGACAUCGUCAUGAUUUAUUCGUACCGUGGUGUCGAUUUGAUGAUUGCUGUCAUGGGUAUCCUCAAAGCCGGUGCUACCUUUUCGGUUAUUGACCCAGCUUAUCCUCCAGCUAGGCAAAACAUUUACUUAUCAGUGGCUAAACCACAAGGUUUAAUUGUCUUGGAGAAGGCUGGAGUCUUGGACGAAUUGGUCACUGACUAUAUCAAGAAGGAAUUGCAAGUUACCGUCACAAUUCCACAAUUAAAGAUCGACGACAAUGCAGUAUUAGUUGGUGGUGUCUUGGAGGGUCAAUCGGUAGACUCCUUGGAAAAGUUUCAAAGCACCAAAGACACUCCAACCGGAGUUAUAGUUGGCCCAGACUCCAACCCUACCUUAUCUUUCACCUCUGGUUCUGAAGGUAUUCCAAAGGGUGUGUUGGGCCGUCAUUACUCACUUGCCUACUAUUUCCCAUGGAUGGCCAAAAAGUUUGGCUUGUCGUCCGAAGAUAAGUUCACUAUGUUGUCAGGAAUUGCUCACGAUCCAAUCCAGAGAGAUAUGUUCACCCCAUUAUUCUUGGGUGCUCAAUUAUUAGUGCCUACUGCUGAUGAUAUUGGUACGCCUGGAAAGUUGGCCGACUGGAUGGCUGAGUAUGGAGCUACAGUUACCCACUUGACCCCUGCUAUGGGCCAAUUAUUAAGUGCUCAAGCCACUGCCUUGAUUCCAUCUCUUCAUCAUGCUUUCUUUGUUGGUGAUAUUUUGACCAAGAGAGAUUGUUUGAGAUUGCAAACUUUGGCAGAAAAUGUCUACAUUGUCAACAUGUAUGGAACUACUGAGACCCAAAGAUCCGUCUCUUACUUUGAAAUCCAGAGUCGCAAGAGUGAUGCCACUUAUUUGAAGAACCUCAAGGAUGUUAUGCCAGCAGGUACAGGUAUGCACAAUGUUCAAUUAUUGGUGGUCAGCAGAAACAACACCUCUGAAACCUGCGGUGUGGGUGAAAUUGGUGAAAUUUAUGUUAGAGCUGCUGGAUUGGCUGAAGGAUACAGAGGGUUGCCCGAACUGAACAAGCAAAAGUUUAUCACCAACUGGUUUGUGGAUCCUCAGACUUGGGUAACCAAAGACGAGGCUGCGGCUGCUGGAGAAAUCUGGAGAGAAAACGGUUGGUUGGGCCCAAGAGAUAGGUUGUACAGAACUGGAGAUUUGGGUCGUUACUUGCCCGAUGGUAAUGUUGAAUGUUGCGGUAGAGCCGAUGAUCAGGUUAAGAUUAGAGGUUUUAGAAUCGAAUUGGGUGAAAUCGAUACCCACAUGUCUCAACAUCCUUUGGUCAGAGAGAAUGUCACCUUGGUCAGAAGAGACAAAUCUGAAGAACCAACAUUAAUUUCAUACAUAGUUCCAAAGGACUCUCCAGAAUUGUUGUCCUUCAAGUCUUCGCUUGCGGAUUCUGAAGAAGUCCAUGACCCUAUUGUUGAAGGCUUGGUCAUCUACAGAGAAUUGAUCAAGGAUAUCAAGGCUCAUUUGAAGAAGAGGUUAGCAUCUUACGCUAUCCCAACUAUUAUCGUCCCAUUGGUUAAGUUGCCUUUGAACCCUAAUGGAAAGGUUGACAAGCCCAAGUUGCCAUAUCCAGAUACUGCUCAAUUAGCAGCAGUUUCUCAAGUUAUCAGUGCCAACAAUGGAUCCGGUGCAGAUGUUGAAGAAGAAAAAUUUACCCAAGUCGAAGAGCAAAUCAAAGACUUAUGGUUGGAAGUCUUGCCUAACAGACCUGCCUCAAUUGCGAAAGAUGAUUCCUUCUUCGACUUAGGUGGCCACUCUAUCUUGGCUACCAGAAUGAUUUUCGAAUUAAGAAAGAAAUUGGUCGUGGAUAUUCCACUUGGGGUGAUUUUCAAGAACCCUACAGUUGAAGCAUUUGCCAGAGAAGUGGAAUCAUUCAUCAAGGGUGAUGAUUUCCAAUUAGCUGAUGGUAAAGGUGAUCAAAAGGAGACUGAAGAAACUGUUAAAGUUGUCGAUUACGCAAAGGAUGCUGCUGAUUUGUCAGAAAGCCAAUUGUUAUCAAGAUAUCCUUCCUUGGAAUCACUUGAUGACUCUAAAACCAUCAAUGUGUUUGUUACUGGAGCCACUGGUUUCUUGGGUUCCUUCAUUAUCCGCGAUUUAUUGACUGCUCGUAAGGGUAGAUCCUUCAAGAUUUUUGCUCACGUUAGAGCAUCCUCGGAAGAAGCUGGAUUUGAAAGAUUGCGUAAGGCUGGAUUGACCUAUGACAUUUGGCAAGAUGAAUGGAAGGAUCAAAUCCAGGUCGUUUUAGGAGACUUAGCAUCACCAAAGUUUGGAUUGGGUGAUGAACAAUGGACUACAUUGACUGAAACCAUCGAUGUUAUCAUUCAUAACGGUGCAUUUGUUCAUUGGGUAUACCCAUACUCUCAAUUGAGAGAUGCUAACGUGAUUGGAACUAUUAAUGUUUUGAACAUGUGUGGAGAGGGUAAGCCCAAGUAUUUCUCUUUCGUUUCAUCCACCUCUGCUCUUGAUACCGAUCACUUUGUCCAUUUAUCGGAUGAGUUGAUCGCCAAGGGUGAGGCAGGUAUUCCAGAAUCUGACGAUUUGCAGGGAUCUGCUAAGGGAUUAGGAAAUGGCUAUGGUCAAUCUAAGUGGGCUGCUGAAUACAUCAUCAGACAAGCUGGAACCAGAGGAUUGAGAGGAUGCAUCACGAGACCUGGCUAUGUUACUGGCUUCAGUAAAACUGGUGCUUCCAACACCGAUGAUUUCUUGUUGAGAAUGUUGAAGGGCAGUGCCGAACUCGGAGGGUUCCCUGAUAUUUCUAACAACGUCAACAUGGUGCCUGUGGAUCAUGUCGCAAGGGUAGUUGUUGCCACUGCUUUGCACCCACCUGCACAAGAAUUGACGGUUGCACACGUCACUGGUCACCCUAGAAUCAGCUUCAAUGAAUUUUUAGCAUCCAUCAAGGCCUACGGUUAUGAUGUGGAAGCACAAGAUUACCCAGUUUGGAAAACCAAUCUUGAAAAGUACGUUGUCGAAGAUUCCAAGGACUCGGCCUUGUUCCCAUUGCUCCACUUUGUUUUGGACAACUUGCCUCAGAACACCAAGGCGCCCGAAUUGGAUGACUCUAAUGCUGCCAAGUCGUUGGAAUUAGAUUCCGAAUGGACAGGUGAGGAUGUUAGUUCUGGUAAAGGUGUUACCUUGGAACAAAUGGGCAUUUACAUUGCAUACUUGGCUGAGAUUCUGUUCUUGCCACCACCAACCAAGUCCGGCAAGACUCUUCCUCAGAUUGUUUUAUCCCGUGAAGCUUUAGAUUUGAUUGCUGCUGGUGCAGGUGGACGUGGUUCUGCCGCUAGUAAAUAA